CAGACAUACGACCAAGAGAUUGAAUUAGCCUGCCAAAAAGAAAGAGAGUUUGUGAAGCACUCUGUGGAAUACACGUGGAACCUAGCAGAAGCCCAGCAAAAACUAGGUAGCUUAGCACUGCAUAAUUCAGAAUCCCGCGAUCAGGAAUCUGCUAGAGCAAAGACUGAAGCUGCAGAGCUGAGACAGAGAGAGGAAGAGUGGAGAAGAAAAGAAGAAGCACUAAAGCAGAGGGAAAGACUGAAUCUAUGGAACACACCUCCUGUUAGUAAAGAGGUAUUUAAUAAGAGUCUUAUUAAUCAAAAAAGAAAAGAAAGAGAAGAUGAAGAUGAGUCUGAACCACUUAUGCAAAAACAUGAACAAAAGAUUAGACACUUUGGUAUGCUGAGCAGAUGGGAUGAUAGUCAAAGAUUUUUGUCUGAUCACCCAUAUCUUGUAUGUGAAGAAACAUCUAGAUAUCUCAUGUUGUGGUGUUUUCAUCUAGAAGCUGAACAGAAAAGAGCUCUGAUGGAGCAAGUAGCACACCAGGCAGUUGUAAUGCAGUUUAUUAUAGAAAUUGCCAGAAGCUGCAAUAUGGAUCCAAGAGGCUGUUUUCGUCUCUUUUUCCAAAAAGCCAAAACUGGGGAAGGUUAUUUUGAGGCUUUUAAAAAUGAACUUGAGGCAUUCAAGACGAGAGUGAGAAUCUGGUCACAAUCACAUGGCUUUCAAACUAUGUUACUACGUGAUCUCAGUGUCAAUCCUGGUCUUGUGGGAGAGCUGAUAUCUUUUUCACAGAACACAGGGGAUCUACAAGGUUCCAUGAACACAGAUGUCUGCAGUGCAAACUCUGUGAUGCAAAGAGAUGAAGAAGAAUCCAAAAUGAUGGAUACAGUGUAGUACUCUUAAGGCUAAGGCCAAGUACUCUUUUUUUUUUUCCUCCCCCCAAAGAAACAAACAUGGCUAUUUUUUCUUGACACUUAUUUUUCUGGGUACUGCACUUUAUUUUUCGUGUCAGAUUUUUGUUGUUGUUGUUUGGUUUCGGGGGGGAGAGAUUUUGAAGGGUGGGUAAUUCAGAAAACCUUGUAAUACUGUUUGCAAAUGUGCUGCUAGGUUUUUGGUUGUUCUUGAAGGGCAGGGUUCUCAUAUUGCCGAAUGUGAAACUGGAUGUGUUUUCUGCUACUAACCUUGCCUUUCAUGACUUUUAGAAAUUAAAGUAU